CUGUCACAAAGGCAUCGCUAAACCAAGGAGAGUAAAAUUUAGCGCUUGUAUGUGUGUGAUGAAUCUGAAGUUAUGCCAGCUCUCACUGUCACUCAGAGGUCAGCUUCUCUAUUAAUUUCAUCCCAGGUGGAGUGGCUGUUCUGCCUGCCCCACAGAACUUAACUGUACUGUCAACCAACAUGAAACAUCUCUUGAUGUGGAACCCAGUGGCCCAGCCCAGAGAGACAGUGCUCUAUUCUGUGGAGUACCAAGGGGAGUACGAGAGCCUUUACAUGAGCCACAUCUGGAUCCCCAGCAGCCAGUGCUCACCUACCAAUGGUCUGGAGUGUGAUGUCACCGAUGACGUCACUGCCACAGUACCAUAUAACUUCAGGGUCAGGGCCAUGCUGGGCUCACAGACUUCAGCCUGGAGCACUCUGGAGCACCCCUUUAAUCGAAACUCAACUGUCCUCGUCGCACCCAGGAUGGAGGUCACUGAACAUGGCUUGCAUCUGGUUGUUAAGCUGGAAGACCUUGGGCCCCAGUUUGAGUUCCUGGUGGUCUACUGGAGAAAGGAGCCUGGUGCCACGGAACAUGUUAAGGUGGUGAAGAGUGGGAACACUCCAGUGCACCUAGAAACCAUGGAACCAGGGGCUAUGUACUGUGUGAAGGCACAGGCAUGGGUGAAAGCCAUUGGGAGGCACAGUACCUUCAGCCAGAUUCAGUGUGUGGAUAUGCAAGGAGAGUCUCUCCCGCUGGCACUGGCUCUGUUUGCAUUUGUUGGCUUCUUGCUGAUUCUCAUUGUUGUACUACUCUCCAUCUGGAAGAUGGGCCAGCUGUUCCAGCACUCUUGCUGCCCCACAGUGGUCCUCCCAGACACCUUGAAAAUUACCAGUUCAUCCCAGAAGCUGGUUGCCUGCAGGAAGGAGGAGGUGGAUGCCUGUGCUGUGGCUAUGUUACCCUCAGAGCAUCUCUUCGGGGUUUGGAUUUCACAGACUUGAGGAAGGGCCUGAUGCUCUGCAGGACUCAGAACCCAGGAUGGGAGACGAGUGUUUCUGUUUUCCCCUGGGGACAAAAGACAAGAGAAGCCAAAAGAGCCUGCAGUGUGCAUGUCCAGUGACAACCAGCAGAGGCAAAGUGGUGUGGCCAGCAGACAGCAAAUGAUGAGGCAAGGCGCCCCCAGACCUGCAGUUACCAUGUGCUCACUGAAUGACACUGGGAGAAGUGGCUUCGUCCCUCUGGACCCCAGCUCUGUCACCUGUAGUGGGGAUUAACCGCACUAUUCAGAUGUCUCUGUCCUUGUCUCUGUAUGUGUUCACACUAGCCCUUGCAGGGCAGUGGGGAGACUAGUGGCACCAUGCACUACAGGGGAUUCAGAUCUGGUGAACUGUGGGGUAUAUAUGUGUACUAAGAGUGACAGAAGAAUACACAGAUCAGGCGGGCGGUGGUGGUACACUCCUCUAGUCCCAGCACUCGGGAGG